UUCUUUGUUUGGAUUCUGUUUUUCUUAUAUAUUAAAGCCUGCAUUUCAAGUGGGUGUUUCUGUAUUUCAAUUUUCAAGCCUUUUUUUUUUUUUUUUUUUUUGUUCUGUUUGAAUUUUUAUGUGCUCAUCAUCUCUUCCGAACCCACAAAUACACGUAAAUUUAAGAUUACGGUUGAACCCUUUUGAUAUUGCUCUGUGUUAAAUUCAUUUAGUAUUAUGUUUCAUGAUUUGCAAUAUGGGAAUUUUCUUUUUCCAUAUUCCUUCGAAUUAGUCUUGUGCAAUAAAAUGUUUAAUAUCAACAGCAUGUCGUUAUAAUAAAUAUUUAUAUGCAAAGAUUUUUCCAUAGUAGUUGUGGAUUGUAGAACAUGCUGUCAGAUCGUGUAUCCUGGAACUUUGCUCAGCUUAGAGGAAAAGUAAAAACUCAAUCUUUAGUGUCUAAGUAAAGAAAAAUCCAAUCUUUAUUAGUGUUUAAUUAUUCUUAAAGAAAUGGAUUUAUCCAGAAGUAAAAUUGAUUAAGAAUUAAGAGAUUGUUUGAGAUAUUUCAAGAAUGCACUUCUACGAGGGGAUACUAUGUGGUACCAAUUAUAAUAAUGACUGGGUUUCUUGGAGAAUCUCUAUGCUACUCAAUUACCUGAUAAAAAGUUUUCAAAGUGACUUGGAAGUAGAUUAUGGGUCAGAGGAAAUUGCUUCAAUGGUCUAUGCUGCAUUGGCAGUGGAUAAGGAGUUGCAACCGGAUAAAGUGAAGAGGGAGAUAAUAGUGUCUAAAGGAAAGCUGUCAGUGCAUUUUGAGGCAGUUGAGCCCAGAUUUCUCCGUGCAUCAUACAGUGCUUUCGUUGAUGUCCUUACACUUGCCACGAAGACAAUUGAAGAAUUUGGAAAAGGAAUAGCAUUGUAACAGCCUAAGACUUUUUAUCAAUUUACAGUGCUUUAAAUGCUAUGAUCUGUAUUCUGUUUUAGUAGUUUUACAAUUGUUAAAUGCCAGUUAGAUCUUUUUCAAGCAUGGGUUAAGUUUCACUAAAUUGGCCAAUGACAACAAGGUAUUGCUUUCAAAUAGGAAUUUCACUGCAGAAAUGAGCUGCUAUAGAAAUAAGCCUUCCUAGAUACAUGAAAAGAAAGCUGUACGAAUGCACAGUUUGAUGUGUCCGUGGAAUGAUGAGAAAUUAUUAUUUCAGCUUCUCUAAUUUGUAAUCA